AUGGCAACCGGGAAACUGUUAUCUGCCAAGGAAAUCUCGGGGCAUCAAUCCCCCGAGGACUGCUGGAUCGUGGUGAAUGAUCAAGUUUGGGAUAUGACAGACUUUUUGGGCGAGCAUCCGGGAGGUCCAAAUAUCAUAUUGAAGUAUGCUGGCCGUGACGCAACAGAAGCCUACUCAGCGGUACAUUCGCCCAGUGUAUUGAAGACAGGUCUCGAGCCGGAGAAGUUCAAAGGCUCCUUAGAUCAGUCGACAGUCGACGAGGAAUGGUUGAAGCCGCCCCCUGGGGAGAAUGCCAAGGUUCUUCUAGAUAACGAGAAACCACCACUGGAAACUCUGAUCAACUCCCACGACUUCGAGGUUGUCGCUUCUAAGACAGCAAACAAGAAAACAUGGGCUUUUUACUCCAGCGCUUCUACAGAUCUAAUCACUCGCGAUGCAAACAAAUCAAGCUUUGAUCGUAUAUGGUUUCGCCCACGCGUUCUACGAAAUGUGCGAGAGGUGGAUGCCAGUACGAAAAUCCUUGGUGGGGACUACAAACUUCCUCUCUUUGUUAGUCCUGCAGCAAUGGCCAAGCUAAUUCAUCCCGAGGGAGAAUGUGCCAUUGCUAGAGCCUGCGAGAAAAAGGGUAUAAUUCAAGGAAUUUCAAAUAAUUCUUCCUUUACUAUGGAUGAGCUACGUAGCACUGCACCAGGUGCCAGCUUUAUCUUCCAGUUAUAUGUCAACCGCGAUCGAGAGAAGUCUGCAGAUCUCCUGCGACAAUGUUCAGCGAACCCCAAUAUCAAGGCUAUUUUCGUCACCGUGGAUGCAGCAUGGCCCGGUAAGCGUGAAGCAGAUGAGCGCGUUAAGGCCGACGAAAACAUCUCCGUGCCAAUGUCACCUUCCAAAGCGAGCAAUGACAAGAAGGGUGGCGGCCUUGGCCGGGUAAUGGCCGGAUACAUUGACCCAGGCCUUACAUGGGAGGAUCUCAAAUGGAUUCGACAGCACACACAUAAGCCCGUGUGUCUGAAAGGAGUGAUGUCUGCCGACGACGCAAUCAUGGCUAUGAACGCGGGACUAGAUGGCAUUCUGUUAAGCAAUCACGGUGGCCGUAAUCUCGACACAAGUCCACCUUCUAUCAUUACGCUUCUAGAGAUUCAAAGGAGAUGCCCUGAAAUUUUCGAUGCUAUGGAAGUAUAUGUUGACAGUGGAAUUCGUCGUGGAACGGACAUUCUGAAAGCUGUUUGUCUGGGCGCCACCGCAGUAGGAAUGGGCCGAAGCAUGCUUUUCGCUAUGAACUACGGACAGGAGGGAGUUGAGCAUCUCGUUGAUAUUAUGCAGGAUGAACUGGAGACCGCUAUGCGCAAUAUUGGAAUCACCUCCUUAGAUCAGGCAUCUCCAGAUUUUGUCCACACAGGAGCGAUUGAUCACUUAGUUCCGUCUUCUCGAUCACAUCCAUAUGCUAGCGCGAAGGCAAAAUCCCGAAAACGCAGCGCGAAGCUGUAG